AUGAGUAAACAGAGAAAUUGGCCUCGAGAGCAAAGGCUUUCGCAUCGAAGAGCUGGAAAAGAGACAAUAAUUAUGUCAGACGAUAGUGAUGCAUUCGCCAGUGCAGACGAAAGUUUAAAUGUUAGUGUGAAGGAGAAUAAUUCAGUGAAAGAAGGUUUAUCGCGUAGUUCGAAAGCUAAUAUUGAUGCAACGCGAAAAAAUGAAAAAACCCCAUCAGAUGUCAACUUAAAGUCAGAUGUUAAGCGAGAUACUACAUCCAUUUCUGAAGUUGUCACUGAUGAAAAUACAAAGUCGGACACAAGAAAUGAAUUUUCACCCUCCUUUGAAAAGGUUGGAAUUCCAGCUGUGAUUGAAGAAUUCGAGACAAGGCCAAAUGGCUUAAAGCUAGAGAAAAGUGUUACCAAUAGUCCAGACACUUCGCAGAAGGAUUUUGAAGGUACUGAUGAGCCUAGCGAACAAAUUACUGACUCUUAUAAUCCUAACCAACCGGUUGAAUGUGUUCAUAAAGAAAGCCCAUUAGCAGCAUCAAACAUUUCGGAGGAAACGGCUUCAACGUCUACCUUUGAACUUCAUUCUGUGAUAGAUAAACUAUCAAAAGUUGAACCUCUAACGGAAUUGGAUUUCAUCACCUCAGCUGCUUCCAAUAUUGCACGUGGUUUAGGUGAUGGAAUAAGUUCACUUGUCGGCGUACUGGGUGAUGUAAUUCAAUUAAAUCCAUUAGAUGGUCCUGUAGAUGAAGAAAAACUGAAACGGAGAACUGAAAGACAAUCUGAAGAAGAGUCUGAAAGAAGAGUUAUCUCAGAGGCCUGGAACAAUGUUUGGAAUACAUCAUGGACUGAUAUUGGUGAUAAUAGCGAUGAUAACGAUGAUAAAAAUGACGGAUGGGAAGUGGAUUAUUUAGAAGAGUCAGAAGAUGUACUCAAAUCAAAGUCAAAUAGCAUUACCCUUCAGAUGACUAAAACUUCUCUAAAUUCCGAUCCAAAGGAUAAUCCUUCAUAUGACGAAAAGACUACAUCAAACACAAAGUAUCCUGAUGUAGAACAACACAAAUCAAAUGGUAACAAUUUCUCAUGGGGUUGGAGCGGUUUAUCUUCGCUUAGUCAACAACUGACCUCUUCACUACAAGCAACAAGUCUAAAUCUAGUCCAAGGAGGUGUUGAUGUUCUUGAAUUGAUUGGGCGUAAAACAAUGUCUGUAUUGGCUGAAAAUGAUCCUGGCUAUGAGUAUACAAAGAAAUUCCUACAUCCACCGAAUUCCGCUAAUAAUCGUCCAAAUCUUUCUAAGAUAUUACGUGAAGCCUAUGAACUACACUCAUCUUCAGAAUCUACUAAUAGUAAAUAUUCUAAAGAAAAACGUGGUGAUUUCACUUAUCAACUUGAAUAUUGUCGGGCAUUACUCCAUCUAGAAUCAUUAGAGUUAGUCAGUGAACAAGCCAGUAAUCAAUUAAAUAAUCGUUUAGAUUUUUUAUCAUCACCGAACAAUUGUCCAAUUGAUCAGAAUUAUAAACAUUUACUUGAAACAAUAUGGAAUCAUCUUAAUUUAGACGAAACUAGUAAUGAUGAAUAUUUGAUGACGAAUAAUGGUAGUGAAAGUGAUGGUGAUAAUAACAACACCAUGACUGAGAAUUCAUAUACAUGUUUAAUGGGAAAAUUAAAAGAUAAACACAUCCUUGAUACAAAUGAUAAGAAUGAUGAAAUUCAACAACAAUUACCUAAAGAUUUAACCAGUCGAAGUAUUGAAUUAUGGUGUAAAGUAAUUAAAAUAUCCUGCUGUUUAAAUAUAAUUUAUUCAAAUGACCGCUUUUUAAAAACUGCAACUGAUGUAUGGAAUACAUGCGAUGUUAGCAAAUCAGGACAGUGUUCAGUUGAAGAAAUUUUCUUUCAGUCAAUUUCUUCAUUGGCACAAUUCACUUCAGCCUACUUAGAGUAUUUACAUAAAUUCUCUGAGUGCAUUCUAGUUAAAUUACACAAGAUUGAUACAGAUUUUGUGGAGUUAUCACAAAUCUUAGCUUGCUUCUUCCACCUUUCUGUUGAAGCUCAAGUCUGUCUUUGUCAAGAAUUUAUUAAGAACAUGAAAAGUCUACGUGAAAAGAGAUCAACUGAAGAAGGGGAUGAAAAAUCGAAACAAUUUCUAUCAGUUAGUCAGUACACUUCAAGUUUACUGUUAGAAUGUAGUAAUGCUGGCAGUUACUUGAAAAAUGCAUUCAACCUUUUAAUACCUGUUGUUCAAUUGGCCUGUAUAAAUCAUGUAUACCCUUCAAAACUUUGA